GGGUGGAUGGGUCUUUAAACCCACCUGCCAAGGGAAAUCAUGGAUCUGCAUAAGCUUCGAACGAAAUCUGGGGCAUCAUGGAUAGUGGAGCUUAUUGCUGCCAACGGUCUUACAUAUCAGUGAGGCAACCCGCGGAAGGCAAUAUGAACAUAGAGAAUGACAUUCAAGGCAAUCUCAAGAGAAUUUAUGCGAGAAUGAAGCCCGCGGAUGCUGAGCCUGAAACAUCACUACGGUCACCGCGUAACAAUGCUUUGCUGAUGCGAUUGAGAUGCAAUUAUUUUAAUCCAAUUUUCAAUCCUCCGAUACAGCCCUCAUUCCACGAUUCAAAUCAGAAAUUGAAUUUCCAGAAAGACGCUGAAAAACCCACCGAGGAUCUUCCCGGCAAGGUGGUGAAGAAGCGGAAGUUUCCGUUUGCUGAUGAAACGGCGGCCGAUGCGAAUGUUAACUGUUGUUUGAGGAACAUGGAAGCUACGGCUAAGUUUUCGUCGCUGUCGAUGAAGAUCGGUGAAGAAAGGGAGGUGAAGAACAAAGAGACGACCAAGUUUUCGGUUGUUCUAAUAUCGGACAAGAUAUAGAAGAUGAUGAUGUCUUGACCUUUUUUAGAGAAAUGCCUCCCAGAAACCCUAACAAUCCUCCAACGCAAGAUGUAGAAAAUCCC